GGUGACCUCUGUGGGAUCUCACAAGCCCCACCCACAAAUGCAACCAUGAGGUCACAGAUGCCAUCUUUGCGAGGGCACAUAACUUUGUGCAUUUCACCAGGGACCAGGACAGCCAGGAUGCAAGAGCGAUUGGAUUUGUCCAGAUCUCGGGUUUCCCUACAGGUGUAGGGUGCCAUCAACUGCACUCACGUGGUGCUCAGAUCUCCAUCGCAACACACGGUCAAAUAUGUCAACUGUGAGGGCUUCCAUUUGCUGAACAUGCAGCUGUGAGCCACCAUCAGAAACGCAUACUGCAGAUGUCAGAUCCAAUCAACUGGCUGCACAGCACCAAGAAACUUUGUCAGGUUGUGAUUGAAAAAAAUGAGCAACGAAUUGUGAUGCCCCUCAAAGAAGAAGUGACUUCCACCUAUCCUGAACUCCAUGAGCUGAUGGAAUCCAUCCAACUGCAUCACCUAAAAGAAGAUGAUGUAAUUUUAAUCAAAGGGUUACAGCAGCAUUCUGAGGCAACAACAGAUAGUUUACAGAAUUCAACAGAAGGAGUAAUGUGCCUGUCACCCUCUCCCAGCUACAACAGUAGUUCUGUAUUUUGCAGCCUCAGAAAAUAUGCGUUGGGAUUUCAGCAUGCAAUCCAUGUAAUUACCGGAAAUUUUCCUGAUAUCAACUGUGACAAUACAGAGAAAACACAGCACAUUCCUACUACUGAUAUUUCUCUUCCUGAUACUAAUACUCCUCAAAGAAUAAAAGUGCCUGCUCCUGAUGUCAGUACUUAUCUUCGUAAUACUUCCACAACUGGUGUUAAUACUCCAUCUCUUCCCAGUACUGAUCUUCCAAUAUCAGAGCAGUUAUGUCAGCAGAAGUCAGUUUCUCAAAGGCUUUCUAGUCGUGUACAUUCUUCAGCAUGUAAUCUUGCAGAGGGUAUUCAAUUGCCAAAUGUAACAACAGACAUAGCUGUGGGAACUCCUUCCAAUCUUCCAUGGGCCAGUGGAUCACAAUUCUUUGAAGUACUUUCUAAUUAUGCAGAGUUUAUGUCAAAUGAAAUACUUAGCACAGUGAUUGAGGACAGUACUCCUCGGGGAAUCGAAAUUUCAAUGAAACAGCUAGAGGUCUGGAAACCCAUGGAAAGUCACUUUUCAUCAGAGAUGUUAUCUCAUGAUAAUAUCCCACACUCCCAUUUAAAUCAAAAUUUUGCAGGUAUUGAUGAAUUGCCUAAAUCAGCAAUAGACAAUUUAAGUAUAAGUAGCGCAAUAGGAAAUGAGAAGAACCUUGAUGUAUCUAAGGAUGAAAGAAAAGAUGUUCUGCACUAUGGCAUAGCCCAUCUGGCAAGCACAGAGGCCUCUAGUAUUAUUCAGCAGUCUUUUCAGGAGGUUGAGAGUCAAAUGGAAGAGAAUUUUGUUGACGCCGUUUCACAGUCAAUAAUUGCCAACUCCUCAGGAGACAUAGUAGUGCUUCCUGUUAUGGAGAAUUACGCAAUGAGACUGAUCCAUGAAGUAAUUUCUGACAGCACCAAGGAAGCAAGCUUAGGAAAGAUGGUGACGAGAAACAAACUACAACUGUUCGAAGAAGAAAAUAAGAAUUCACACCUUGCUUAUAAUGGAUCACAUAAAAAUAAAGACCUUUCAGAGGUGUCACAAUCUGACAUCCUUACACAUGAACUUAAUCAUCUUACAAGAAAUACAAAAAGUUCAUCGUGUGCUGAAGGAAGACCAUUGGUUGAAGGUGAACAAGUUGAAAGCUUAACGAAAGCAUCACAACAAUGUUUUGAUGGUUCUUCCCCAGACAGGGAAAGGCAUUUAUCAGCAUCAGACAAAGAAAAUUCUGAUGAUCAUGACUAUGAGAAACUUGUGUUUGAUAAACUUGGGCUCACCAAGAAGGGUUCACUGGACUAUCCUGAUGCCCCUCCACCUACACCACUGAGGCCACAGCUGGGUGGCAGUCAGAGGAGUUUUACUAGAAAGCUCAAGGGAGGCUUGGCAAAAGAAUUCCUUCCUUCACCACCUCCACCUACCCCAAAGGAAACCAUCAAUUUUUGCUUGUCUGAGGAGAAUCAAGACACUGAGGAAAAGGCUGAAUUUAUGAGAAAGCUAAUACGAUCAUUGUCUCAAGAAUUUAAUAGAAAAGACACCACAGGAAGUUCAGAAGUGCUUGAAGAGGAGAGGUUACAAAACUCAGAGCCACAGUUUCUGACUUCAGAAAAUGAACCAUCAGAGAAUUCAUGCACCGAUGAAAAAACUGUACAAGACUAUUUCAGUCAUUUGAUAUCAGGUAUUGUCUUUUCUUCUGCACAAGUAGUUUGCAGCAUCAUGGGAGAAAGUAUUGUUCCUAAAGCAGUUAAAGGCCAACAUUGUGAUAGCAUUACAAUUAAUGAUGAAUACCAACUGAAUACCCAGGCUUCAAAAGAACUGAACCCAUUUUCUUCCGAUACAGUUAUUCAGGAAGCAGAAAGAAUUUCAAAUGAACACAAUGAGAAUAAACAUGGAGCCAGUUUUCCGGUGAAUGUCGAAAGCCUAUUACGAGAUUAUGCUGACAGAUUAGCACAGAAGAUUAUCAAUUCAGUCAUUAAGUUUCUGAACAAAAUUGAUUUACUUGACCAUAGAGAAUGUAACACAAAUGGGAAAGGUGAAAUAUCUUCUGAGAAUGCAAACAAAGAUUGUAGGCAUUCACAUCAUAUUAAGCAGAUAAGUUCAAUGUCAGAAGAAUGGGUAAAAGGGAUGGUACAGUCUGCCCUCCAAGUAUUUAAAACUCAAUAUCAAUUGAAGCAGGCCAGCUCUACCAAUACUGAGUCUAUGUUUGCAUCAGAACAGUUGCAGAACAUGGACCCAGCAGCCAGAAGCACUGACACAAAGCCUUUUUUCAUUGGGGCCAGCACAGAACAACACCAUAUCAAAAAAUCACUAAAAACAAUGAAAUCUCAGGCAAGCCGUGAAACAGACGUUCUAUGCAGUGAUCCUCUUUUUACCGAAGAGCAAAAUCCAGUAACUCCAGGCUCAGAAGGUGGAAUUGGUAUUAGAACCAUUGCAAGCCCCCAUGAAGGAACAAAUGAUGGCAAUAACAAUUAUUUAAGUUUUUUCAAUCCAUAUGAGGAGUCACAAAUUGAUGUAAAGACUGAAGAGCUCACUGGAAAGAACCAAAGUUGCUUUGUUCAAGCAGGAAGAAAAAUAUGCUUAUUUGAAGACAAGAGAGAAAGACUAUGUCAGCAUAAAUAUGAGGAUACACCUCUAGCCCUUAAUUCAGAGUCCAUUAUUAAUGAUGAAGAAAAGUCUUCCAACUUGGAAUUACCUAAAGUGAUAUUGAAGGAUCCAGAGCACAGACCAACAAAUAAAACAUAUGCUGAAAGCCUAGCAGAAACUAUACUCAAGUCCUCCUUGGUUGAUGCAUGUAGACACUGUAGUGCUGAACCAGUUACAGAGGAGGUACCAAUGCAUUCUCCAAACCCCGAUGAAUUAUGUAGAAAACUUCUUUCAGUUGCCAACAGCUCAGGAGAUCAGAGUCCAAAGCUCCAACAGAAGAUAAAGACAGAAGAAUCAUUCAAGGAUGGGGGAGUGGGUGGCGUUCCCAUAAUUCAGAACACUAAAUCUCAAAGACUAAAUGUAGUUGAAUAUACAGAUAUAACAUCACCAAAGCAAGCACAACAGGAACUGAAUCACUCUGUUGUCACAUUACAGUGCCAGGCUGAAGAACAGGAAGGCUAUGAGGAAAUGCAUCACUCGACUUCCCUGGCUUCAAGCGCAAUCAAUCUUUCGUUGGUGAACUUUAACUCUAAGUCUCCUGCUGUUGAUGCACAGGUGCAAGCAAUGCUGCAGUGGGCAGCAGCAUCUCAGCUUAACAUCUCCAAGAUCCAUAUAAUGACUUCAAGUGAGGACUUUGUACAGGUUAAAAAUCAAAUAGCUUCCCAGGAGCUGUGGUGUCUGAAUAGUCCCAAAAAAUUUCAACAACUAAUCAGUACUGAGACUGAAGACUUGAGUGAUCAGAUCAGAAAAGAUUCCUGCUGGAGACUGGCUAACAGUAUCAAAUUACUUGCGAAAGAGGUAGCAGACAACUCAAGCAAGAAACAUAUAAUAAAAGCUGCAAUGGACAAUGUACCUGUCGAUAUUUUUAAAUCUGCAGUGGAGUUUGACGACAAGCCAGCACAUCGUCCCUCUGCUCAUCUCACUGUACAAUUUGGUUCUCCACAAGAUAUCUCCUACCAUUUAGACCGGUCAUGCCGCCACCUUGUUAAAUGGGGUAUUGGAAAGGGGUUGUCCUACAUUCAGAACAUGACGAUCCAUCAUGGAAAGUUGCGAGCCAGUCAAACGGGAAGAUACUACAUUUAUGCUCAGACUUAUUUCAGAUAUCAACACAAGGCUAUAGCUGACUAUGAGGACUAUUCUGCAAAAUCUAAUGAGCAACAGCUUGUGCAGUGCAUAUAUAAGAUGACAACUACCUACGCAUCACCAAUCAUCCUUAUGAAAGGUGUAGGAACAAAAUGUUGGGCAGCGAAUGCUGAUUAUGGUUUGAAUUCCAUCUACCAAGGAGGACUUUUUGAAUUGAAGGCUGGUGAUGAAAUAUUUGUCACCAUUUCUGACAUAAAGUUAGUGGAUGAUAAUGUAGCAUCUAGCUACUUUGGAUCCUUUAGACUGGAUAUGUAAGGAGUUUAAAUUUUAGAAAAAGAUGCCUGUUCAGAAGAAAAUCAUUGCAUCAAACAAUUACCAUUAAAUCCGUUUUCCUGGUGUGUUUUUUUCCAAAACUUUUGCUAAAUUCACAAUAAGCCUAAAGGAGUUUUGAUUUGCUUACUUUGUCAGCUGAUUAAAAAGCUGUUAAAUGGAACAGUA